AUUUCAUUGCAUUCCACACUAAUUUUCUACUCUAUCAUAAUUCACCUAAAUCUUAAAGUCUUAAGCAACUAUAUUAUAUAUAUAUUUCACUUAGCUUGCAAUUAUUUCAACACUCUUGAUUAAUUUCCUUACAAUACAAUAUAAAUUAAUGGACGGUAGUAGUUUGUUUAAGGUUGUGUUUGUUUUGAGCAUUGUGAAUUUGACAGUAGUGCAUGGCCAAGGGACACGUGUAGGAUUCUAUUCAAGCACAUGUUCAGAAGCUGAAUCCAUUGUUAAGUCGACAGUUACAUCACAUGUUAAUUCUGAUUCAUCUUUGGCUGCUGGAUUACUUAGGAUGCACUUCCAUGAUUGCUUUGUUCAAGGUUGUGAUGCCUCUGUUCUCGUUUCUGGCUCUGCCACUGAAAGAACAGCACUUCAAAACCUUGGUUUAAGAGGUUAUGAAGUUAUUGAUGAUGCUAAGACAAAACUCGAGGCUACGUGUCCUGGUGUUGUCUCUUGUGCUGAUAUUCUUGCUCUUGCAGCUCGUGAUUCUGUCGUUCUGAGUGGUGGACUGAGCUGGCAAGUGCCUACUGGACGCCGAGAUGGACACGUGUCACAAGCUUCUGAUGUAGCAAAUAACUUGCUUAGUCCUACUGAUUCACUUGAUGUCCAAAAACAAAGGUUUGCAUCUAAGGGUCUCAACACUCAAGAUCUUGUCACUCUAGUUGGGGGACAUACUAUUGGUACUACUUUAUGUCAAUUAUUCAGUAACAGAUUAUACAACUUCACUGCAAAUGGUGGUGCUGAUCCUUCCAUUGACUCUUCAUUUCUUCCACAAUUACAAACAUUAUGUCCUCAAAACAGUGGUGCUUCAAACAGAGUUGCAUUGGAUAAUGGAAGUCAAAACAAAUUUGAUAAUUCUUACUAUGCUAAUCUAAGGAACGGGCGUGGAAUUCUUCAAUCUGAUCAAGCACUUUGGAAUGAUCCUUCUACAAAGAUAUUUGUGCAGAGAUAUUUGGGUUUAAGAGGGUUACUUGGAUUAACAUUUAAUGUUGAAUUUGGAAGAUCAAUGGUGAAAAUGAGCAAUAUUGGAGUGAAGACUGGUUCAGAUGGUGAAAUCCGCAAGAUAUGUUCAGCUUUUAAUUAAGUGUAGAAUAACACAAAAAUGCAUAACUGAUUUUGAUUGAUUAAUCUAUGUUGUGGCAUUUUUGUCAUUCAAGUGUAUAAUAUUUACUUUUCAUGAUUACAAGAAAUAUGUUCGAAGUGUAUAACAAAUAAAAAUGAAAAUGUGAGUUUUCAACAACCGGUC